CAGAAAUUCAAAUGGAUAGUGAAGAUAAAAAUAAAGAUAAAUUUAGAAAGUGUAAAAGUAGAGAAAAUGAGACAUUCGAACAGAGAGAAGUACGGCUUGCUAGGAAGCAUGAUCGAAAACGCCAAAGAGAGAGUACAGAAUCAGCUGAACAACGCAAAGCACAUCUCGCACAUAAUCACGAGUGA